CACCGCACAGUGUCGCUCUCAGUUUAUGAAAGUUUUGUUUACGUUUUCCUCGGGCGAUACUGACUCACUAUCUGACAUUUUGUGUGCAGCCGCUGUCCAUUGUUGCUGACUGACUGACUGGCCACAGGGAGACUACCUUCACGUUACACAGCAAUUCAUGAGUGUGUUGGAGGUGAAGUUCAUUGGUGAUGGAGAUGCUCUGGAGCACAUCGUGGACAAACAGGAGGGUGUGCAGAGCAACAGUGGGUCUGUUCAGAAGAUGGUCACGUUUAAGAGCCCGGCUGGACGACGGGCCAGAGAGGAGGCACAACAUGAUGGGGACGAAAACGGAGUCCGUGAUGAGCAGAACUAUGUGCACGCUCUAGGAACAGACCAUGCAGAAGACGAUGAGGAGAGUAUGUACAGAGUGGCUGGUUCCUCCAUUUUCACCUUUCAGAAAGCCAAACGUGGACACAGCAUGGCCCAGACUGCCAGUGAGUUGGCUCGGACUCCUGGAAAAAAUGUGACCUUCGGUGCGACCCCCAACAUUGAACCAUCGACUCCCACCCGAACAGGCCGCAACCACAGAGGUGAGAGCAGGACGCCACAAAAGAGCAAGAAGGAUCAGUUUGUCUCCACAACACCACACAGGCUCAGGAAGAGAAUCACCACUCCGAGCUUGCGGUCAGACAGUGAUAGCGAGCUGUCGACCUCUGACUCUGGGGAGGAGGAGGAUGAAGAUGGGCUGGAGGAAGAGAAGAAAGUAAAGAGAGAAGAAAAGGAGAACUUGAAGACUCAAAGAACGCCCAGUAAAGGUUCAUCUGCAGCUCUCUACAAGACCCCUGCAAAGAAGAGCAAGACCAGCUCUGAAGCCCUCAAUCAGCCCAGUAUGGUUGAGGAGUAUUUUGAAGCCCAUGGCAGUUCAAAGGUCUUGACAUCAGACCGCACCCUGGAGCGUUUACAAACCCCUAAACUCGACAGGGAGACGUUGGUUCAGCUUUUAGGAGAGAAGCCGUCCUGCUGCUCCAAAGAGAUCCAGCAGCUCUACAUCAAACACCGAAAGCACUUUAGCAAGUGGAUGUUACAGUUACAGUUGGGAUUCAGUGUGCUGGUCUACGGUUUGGGCAGCAAAAAGUCUCUGCUGGAGGACUUCCGUGUGUCUCACUUGGCUCAGGAAAUCCACCUCGUGGUCAACGGAUUCUUCCCUUCCAUUACUCUUAAAUCGAUCUUAAAUGCUCUGACAUGUGAGGCCCUAGAGCACCAGGGAAGUUUCCGGACACCCUCAGACCAGAUCGAGUACAUCGCUCAGACCCUUAAAGACAGCCCUGAUCUCCAUGUGUACCUGAUAAUCCAUAACAUCGAUGGACAAAUGCUGCGAGGAGAGAAGACCCAGAGUGCACUGGGGCAGCUGGCAUCCCUGCCCAACCUGCACUUAGUGGCUUCGUUAGACCACAUUAACGCUCCAUUGGUGUGGGACCAGUUUAAGCAGAGCCAGUUUAACUGGCUGUGGUGGGAGUGUGUGACCUUCCAGCACUACGCAGAGGAAACUUCGUAUGAAAACUCGCUCCUGGUGCAGCAGACCGGCGCUCUCGCUCUGUCCUCCCUCACACACGUGCUACGCAGCUUGACAUCCAAUGCAAGAGGAAUUUUCAAACUGUUGGUGAAAUUCCAGCUGGAAAACAAAGACAACCCUUCAUACACAGGUUUGUCAUUCCAAGAUUUCUACCAGCGAUGUCGAGAGGCUUUCUUGGUGAACUCGGACCUAACGCUGAGGACUCAGCUUACCGAGUUCAGAGACCACAAACUGAUACGGACACGCAAGGGUGCAGAUGGAGUGGAGUACUUGAUCGUCGCGGUGGACGCAAGCACGUUGAUGGAUUUCCUGGAGAACGAAGAGGGGGACUGAGAAGAUAAAGCUUUAGACUUGUAUCACAUAUAGUUCAUCCACUGACUUCACCAGCAAAUAGAUAUUUUGGUUGAUUCAGCCACUGACAUGAAGUUGCAUCUGAUAACCAUUAGACAUGAGCCCAGCUUACAAGCUCUGCACAGUUUAAAUCUAAUUGGUGAAAUGUUUUCAUUUGUCACAAAUGCCCCAUUGUCGCACUGUGACAUUCACACCUUGUGUUUGAUGUUUACAUGUUUUCAGCCAACAUCUGUGUAAUUAAAACGAUGAGUUAUUGCAA